AUGAAGACUUACCUCUACGAAAAGCGGCCCCCACACCUGGCCGCAGGUCUCCUUUUGCUACGCCUCUCACCAGUGGGUCUCCCAGGCAGGAGCAGACCGCGACGGGAUUCCAGCAAAGAACCAGUACUCUCCGAGAAGCUUGUGAUCAGUUUGACGGCGGGGCUGUGUGGAGCUCUCGCGGGGAACCCGUCGGAAGUGGCCCUCGUGCGGUUGAUGGCGGACGGACCUUUGGAGCCCUGCGUUGCCUGCAACUGUCCCCGCCUGUACCGAGGCACUUUCGACGCGCUUUACAAAAUAUGUGCACAAGAAGGCGUGCGUGCGUUGUGGCGGGGCGGAACCCUCACUAUGGGCAGAUCAGUUCUGGUGAGCAUUUCGCAAGUAUGGAGCUAUACUCAGGUGAGGUUAACUUAUAAACGUUUCACCAAAUCUUAUGUGUUGACUAACGACAUAGGCGCCGUCUGA